AUGUCUUGGCCAACGAUGCCCGAAUUUCGGGCAAUAGCAAGAGUCCUGUGUUGUCUUCUUGUAGUCAAUUUAGUAGUUAGGACUACCAAAAGACCCUUCUUGAGCUGGAUUUACCAAUGGAUUUUGAGAUGUCCUACUAAUAGCGAACGAUGUGAAUUAUUUUGGCAAAAAUCACGGCCAACUGAGAAGCUUGUCUGGAAGCUAGUUGACUACAUUGAAAAAAAUCAACACAUAUAG